AUGGCUGAUUUCAAGUUGAACAAGGGGGCUCUCACCAGCAAGUGCAAGGCACCUCCAGCUCACCACUGCGUGUGGGCUCGAAACCAGAGCUGGCGCCACUGGGUGAGGAAUCUGGGGACCAACUGUCACAGCUCCGGUAUCACCCGCCUCCUGGACGCCUGGGUCCAGCCUGAGUCCCAGAGGGGCCCUGUCAGCCAGCUGUCCCCGGGGGAACCCCAGUUCUGCCCCAACCCCUCUGAGCUGCUCUCCCUGGGGAAAUCAGAGAAGGCAGAAGACCUGCCCCCCACCGCCCCCAAAGGGGCCAGCGACGCCAAGCUCUGCGCUCUCUACAAAGAGGCCGAGCUGCGCCUGAAGGGCAGCAGCAACACCACCGAGUGUGUACCCGUGCCCACCUCGGAGCACGUGGCCGAGAUCGUGGGCAGGCAAGGCUGCAAGAUUAAGGCUCUGAGGGCCAAGACCAACACCUACAUCAAGACCCCCGUGAGGGGCGAGGAGCCCGUGUUCAUGGUGACUGGGCGGCGGGAGGACGUGGCCACAGCCCGAAGGGAAAUCAUUUCAGCAGCCGAACACUUCUCCAUGAUCCGAGCGUCACGCAACAAGUCGGGUGCUGCCUUUGGCGUGGCGCCUGCCCUGCCUGGCCAGGUGACCAUUCGCGUGCGGGUGCCCUACCGCGUGGUGGGGCUGGUGGUGGGCCCCAAAGGGGCAACCAUCAAGCGCAUCCAGCAGCAGACCAACACGUACAUUAUCACGCCAAGCCGCGACCGCGACCCGGUGUUCGAGAUUACGGGGGCCCCAGGCAACGUGGAGCGCGCGCGCGAGGAGAUCGAGACGCACAUCGCGGUGCGCACGGGCAAGAUCCUCGAGUACAACAAUGAGAAUGACUUCCUGGCGGGGAGCCCCGACGCCGCGCUGGACAGCCGCUAUUCCGAGGCCUGGCGGGUGCACCCGCCCGCCUGCAAGCCCCUCUCCACCUUCCGGCAGAACAGCCUGGGCUGCAUCGGCGAGUGCGCCGUGGACUCCGGCUUUGAGACCCCACGCCUGGGUGAGCAGGGCGGGGACUUUGGCUACGGCGGGUACCUCUUUCCUGGCUACGGUGUGGGCAAGCAGGAUGUGUACUAUGGGGUGGCAGAGACCAGCCCCCCGCUAUGGGCGGGCCAGGAGAAUGCCACGCCCUCCUCGGUGCUCUUCUCUUCCGCCUCCUCCUCUUCCUCCUCUUCUGCCAAGACACGCGCUGGUCCCCCAGGAGUGCACCGCUCUCCUGCCCCCUCCUCGGAGCUGGCAGGACUCCCAAGACGCCCGCCUGGAGAGCCGCUUCAGGGCUUCUCCAAACUUGGGGGGGGAGGCCUGCGGAGCCCCGGUGGCGGGCGGGAUUGCAUGGUGUGCUUUGAGAGUGAGGUGACUGCCGCCCUGGUGCCCUGCGGACACAACCUGUUCUGCAUGGAGUGUGCAGUACGCAUCUGUGAGAGGACGGACCCCGAGUGUCCUGUCUGCCACAUCACAGCCACGCAAGCCAUCAGAAUAUUCUCCUAAGCCCCCUCCCCCGCCCCGCACCUCCUGGGGCCACUCCCCAGGGGCCUGCCCCUGGAGCUGUUUUCCACCAGAGCCUUUUGGAAAUCAGUAAUUUGAGGGGCAAGGUGAUUAGAGAUACUGGCUGGGGAGGGGGGAAGGGAGGUGAUGGUGGCUGGAGGGUGGGCCACUUUUAGACCCUCUGGUCACCCUAUCCUUGAAAGGUUGGGAGGGGGCCAGACCGGAAUUUUACUAGAGUUACAACUCUGAUACCUCAACACACCCUUCAAUCUGAAAGCAGCUAAGAGAAACUUUUGUUUUGCCAGAGGUGGCAGCUAAGGCAUCCUGACCCCUUUGCCCACCUCCCCCUGUGUGUCACACAACCCCUUCCGCUAUGGAGGGGAGGGGAAGGGAGAGGGAGAAUUACCAUCUGUACAUAGAGGUGCUCUCUCCCAUCCCCAAGUCCUCUGGUCCUGACCUCCGACCUCCUGACAUGACCCUUUGGACCCUCCACUGCCAUAUCCUUUUUGGGAAUCUGUUCCUGGGUUUCCAACGAUGGGAGGGGCUUGGGGCCCUUUCAGAAAUCUGCAUAGAUUGUAAGGGGUGGGGGGCAUGUCAAUCAAUUAGGGCCUCAGACCUGCCUGUCCCCACAAAGCUGGGCUAGAAGAAUCUAGAUGAGGCUCCCUCUGCCCCCUUCAGCUCUUCCCUCCUCUCCACCCGCCUUUCCUCCCCUUGGGUUCUCCUUUCUUCUUUGCUCUUUCCCCAGUACCUCUCUUUACUUCCUCUUGGGGGCUGUCACUCCCACCCUGUCUUGCUCGUUCUGUUUCUUCCCUUUUUCCCCCUCCCUCCUGCCCCUUCUAGCCCAGCUUUGGGGAAUACCAUCCCCCUGGGGAGAAGUUGGGGGAAGGACAUUUUGGUGGUUCCCCCUAAUUCCUCUUCUGGCAUCUAGAGGCCCUCUUUUCCCACUCCUCCAAAGAAGCACCUCAAAUUCUCGAUGGAAUGUAUCCCCAUUCUCAGUGAAAAUUUGAGGAGGGGACUAAUACUGGGGUACUUAAAGGGCCAACCCUCUACCCUUAUCAUCUUUGGGCAUUACAUUUAGAGAGCAGUUCUUGGACUGGAUUUCAUGGCAGUGGUAGGAGCAGAGCCAGGUAGUGGGUCUGCUGUUUCAAGGAGCAGCAGAGGCUGCUCCUCUUCCCCUGCGGUACCCCCACUCCCUGUGCCCCUCUCUGGACCUCACACCAACCCUUAUUAGCGAGCAAAUCAUUAUGUCACUGUCCUACCCACUGUGGUUGAGAAGUCAGGUCUCUAGAGAGGGUCAGUCCAGGGCUAAGCAGGAUUGGGGUGCGGAUGUUCUGAAUCAUGUUACAGGCCUCACACCCCCUUUGCUGCUUCCCUACUGCUCACUUGGGGCUGCCACCAGCCUCCCACCCUCCUGGUUCCGCUGGCCGGGCCAGGAGAGGAUGGGGGAUUGGAGUCCCUGGGGGUCCCAGGAGAUUCUUGUAUAUAGUGGGGUGGGACUAUUGUAAGUGAUCUCUGAGCACUUAAGCUCUGGAGUCCCAUUCCUGGAUGGAGAGAGGGUGCAGGGAUGGAGGUACAGAGGGGAUUUCCUCCUCUCCUUCCUCCUGUUGUGAAUUAACUCGCCUCUCCUCAGCCUUCCCCUCCAGAUCACCAGCCAGGGAGGGGAGAGGAAGGAGGUCACAGCCAGGAAAACUGGUCUGUGACAACUUCCCUCCUUCUAGCCAAUGUGAGCCAUCCUGAGAUGUCUGUACAAUAGAAACCAAACCAAAUGGGUUGCCCAGGGGAGGCGGGGGCCAAGAUGGGAUGUCUGUCUGUCGAUCCCCCUCCCCCUCUCCACUCCUUACCCAUAAAGGCAGAAGACUGUUACACUAGGGGGCUCGGAAAAUUCAAUCCCACCCUUACUAAUUGAGCCAAACCUAGAAACAAACGCAGAACACACAUAGUGAGAGACAAAAUAGAGGUGAGAAAGAGAGCGUGAGAGGGAGCGAGAUAGGCGACCAACACAGAGAGAAAACAAAAAUAGCAAAAAAAAAAAAAAAGCAGUUCUUUAUAAUUUAAUAUUCUAUUUUAAUAAAGGCGUUUAUUACCGUAUAAAUGUAGCAAAGAACCUGGGCUAAUAUGAAAAAAAAAAAAGACUUUUUAUUAGGUAAUUUAUUAUAUGAAAAGGAUAU